AGUUGUUUCUGUCAGUCGCGCAGUAGUGUAGGGCAAAGCUUGGUGGGAAGCGGUAUUUUGUUUCUUGCUCUUCGUUGUUGAGAUUCAAUCCGUUUUACAGAAUCUCUGCGGCAGCCGUCACCAUGUCGGUCCCAAGCGCACUCAUGAAGCAGCCGCCCAUUCAGUCUACGGCUGGGGCCGUCCCAGUUCGCAAUGAGAAAGGUGAGAUUUCAAUGGAAAAAGUGAAGGUAAAACGUUAUGUAUCCGGAAAAAGACCAGAUUAUGCCCCUAUGGAGUCCUCAGAUGAAGAGGAUGAAGAAUUUCAGUUCAUUAAAAAAGCUAAGGAACAAGAAGCAGAGCCUGAGGAACAGGAGGAGGAUUCAUCCAGUGACCCCCGACUUCGGCGGUUACAGAACCGCAUCAGUGAAGAUGUGGAAGAGAGGUUGGCUCGACACAGAAAAAUAGUGGAACCUGAAGUAGUGGGAGAAAGUGACUCAGAAGUAGAAGGAGAUGCUUGGCGCAUGGAACGAGAAGAUAGCAGUGAGGAAGAGGAGGAAGAAAUCGAUGAUGAAGAAAUAGAGCGGCGCCGAGGCAUGAUGCGGCAGCGAGCACAGGAGAGGAAAAAUGAAGAGAUGGAGGUCAUGGAGGUGGAAGAUGAAGGACGCUCUGGGGAGGAGUCCGAGUCAGAGUCUGAGUAUGAGGAGUACACAGACAGUGAAGACGAAAUGGAGCCUCGACUUAAGCCUGUCUUCAUUCGAAAGAAGGAUCGUGUGACAGUUCAAGAACGAGAAGCUGAGGCAUUGAGACAGAAGGAAUUGGAGCAGGAAGCAAAACGCAUGGCUGAGGAGCGGCGCAAGUACACCCUCAAGAUUGUAGAAGAAGAGACCAAGAAAGAGCUGGAGGAGAACAAGCGGUCCCUUGCCGCCCUGGAUGCACUCAAUACAGACGAUGAAAAUGACGAGGAGGAGUAUGAGGCGUGGAAAGUCCGAGAGCUCAAAAGAAUCAAGCGGGACAGAGAGGACCGAGAAGCGCUUGAAAAGGAGAAAGCAGAAAUUGAACGCAUGAGAAACCUGACUGAGGAAGAAAGGCGGGCUGAACUUCGGGCAAAUGGCAAAGUCAUUACCAACAAAGCUGUUAAAGGCAAAUACAAGUUUCUACAAAAGUAUUAUCACCGAGGUGCCUUCUUCAUGGAUGAGGAUGAAGAAGUCUACAAGAGAGAUUUUAGUGCACCUACUCUCGAGGACCAUUUCAAUAAAACCAUUCUUCCAAAAGUCAUGCAGGUCAAGAAUUUUGGACGGUCUGGUCGCACCAAGUACACCCACCUUGUGGAUCAAGAUACCACUUCUUUUGACUCUGCAUGGGGCCAAGAGAGUGCCCAGAACACAAAAUUCUUUAAACAAAAGGCCGCAGGAGUACGAGAUGUAUUUGAACGACCAUCUGCCAAGAAGAGGAAAACCACCUAGGCUUCAACUACUUUCAAUGGAAGGGCACAAGGGGAUCUGGUCCUCAGUUCUCUUGAGCCAUUAUUUAUAUAGUUCCUAUAUAGAGCUUUUCAGGCUUGCGGCCAUAACUUGUGUUUGGAGGUGCUUUGUAAGAGUUUUGGAUUCAUACCGAGAAACCCACAGAAAAGUACUAACCAGAUAGGAUUUGAGACUUCCCACUUAAAACUAUUCCUGAGAAACCUUAGGUUUCUCUACCUUAACUUCCCAUAUUGACUUGGGACUAUUCUGAGUUUGUUUUUCCAGCCUGGAUCAGAUACCUGGACAUCUGAGUGGAUGGCACAUUACCUCUUCCUUAGGGUUAGGAGUAGGCUAUCAGGAAAUCCAGCGCAGCCCAACCUGUUUUCGCAUUUGGGGUGCUGAAUCUACUUUUCUAAGUAAAUAUGCUUUUCGGCGUGUGUGUGUGUGUGUGUGUGUGUGUGUGUGUGUGUGUGUGUGUGUGUGUGUGUGUGUGUGUGUGUGUGAGAGAGAGAGACAGAGAGAGAGAGAGAGAGAAACCACAUACCAGAAAUAUUUUUACUAUACUAUUAGAAACAAAAUGUAUAACCCAUUGAACAGAGGCUGAGUACAGUGGCACACACCUUCAGUUCCAACACUACAAGUUAGGAACCCAUGCAGAUCUCUCAUUCAAGACCAGCCAUAACUAGACAGAGGGCCUUGUCUCAAAAGAGAAAACAAGAAUUCUAAUAACUAGCUAGGUAGGUUACACACACCUGUGAUCGCAACACUUAGGAGGUAGAGACUUCAGUCAUCUUAAAAUGAAUAGUUCAGGGCCUUCCUGGACUAUGUAAGACUGUUUCCAAAAAAAAAAAAAAAAAAAAGCCAAAGGUCUUUUCCCUCCUCCAUACUAGAAUUUGAACCCAGGGCCUAGUAAAUACUUGCCAAGUGUUAUAUUAUUGAGCUAUAUCCUUAGUUUGUGUGUGUAUGUGUGUUUUCAAAAGCUACUCAUGCAGGCCUUGAAGUGGAGAACCCCUGCAAACAAGUCUUAGCAACCUGAGUUUGAUCCCACAGAUCCACAUAGUGGUAGAAAACUCAGUCCGGCAACCAGCAAAUUGUCAUCUGAGUUCCAUAUGUAUUCCGCAGGAUGUUUCUGCUAAUGUUCACAAGAGAUUUAAUUUGAAAAGAAAGAAAAAAGCAGCCAA